AUGGACAGAAGGCUCCCAUUUCCAAACUACAAUGACUACCAGAGACCAUUCGUGUCUGCUGGUGAGCCCAAUAAUGGCCAACCGCUCCCGUCGUUGUCCACCCUGGGAUCUUUGCCCACCGUGUCAACAGCGCCCACGGUGUCUACAACGGGGAUUCCUGAGGAAUCGCGAUCGCCGAAACAAAUCCCAUUGGCACAGACACAUCAAGACCACCUCAUGUCCAUAAACAAACACGUGAUGAAAACCUUAUUACAAUCAAAAUCUGGGGAUGGAUUACCUCCACAAACGCCUCCCGAAAAACCAAAUCUUGGACGGAGCCGCCAGGACGGGCCUCUCGAAAUCCCACGAUUCAUUCCAUUCCCAGGAUAUCCCAUCAUACCCCCGGGCUACGUGCCGGUGAUGAUGUCUCCACAAGGUUUUUUGGUACCGAUGCAAUUUUCGCAGACCCCUGUCAAAGACGACGAAAAAAACACCGAAAAUUAUACGGCUCCAGAGUAUCACAGUCCUCGCCCCGCGAAGGUGAGUAGGAUUGCGCAGCUGAUCAACUCCCCGACUUCCGAACCGCAACAGCUCUAUGGUGUUGGAAAUGCCGGCCCGAUGGCUUUUCCCGUCAGCCCAACGUUGAACUCCAGGGACAAAUUGGCUGCUUUCCAGCUAUGUUUGGUUUCGCAGGAAUAUUUUUCAGCAUUGGGGCCGCGGCUUUCCGAGAAGGAACAGGAGCUGAUUGAUGGGCUGAAGGCUUAUGAGCCCGAAGUCACAGGCCAAGAUAUUGAAAAACUGCGCCAAGAAUACACGAACCAGCUGAACCUCGUAUCCAACACGAAAACUAUCGAAAAACCGUUUUCCAAACGCAGCCAUCGUGUAAAUAAGAUACUACUGGGACUAGAACGUGACAUGGCGGAGAAACGCGAUUACGAAGUGCUUCGAUUACAAUUAUACAAGGAUUACCGGAGAAAACAGAUUAUUGACGAAUAUGUUGGCCAGACGAUGGAGAUAUACAGCGCCUUAUGCCUCGACUACACUACGCGUCUCAGCAAGCUUAAAAAGUUCUUGCUACAACAGAAACAGCUCCUGAAACGAGAGGAUGCUGAGUUUUUCAAUGUUGCUACCGCAGACUCAGAGCGGCUCUGGCGAAGCACACUAUCCGCUUCAGCAGGAGAACCUCAGGAGACUGCUCCACCGCCUAAAAAGAAGCAGAAAGUGGAACUGGAGCAACAAAAGCUGUCGGACAACGACAGCUACUCGUCAUCGGCCUCUGUUUCUGGACUGCGUUCGUCGUCGAGAAUCAGCAAGCAGUCGAAAGAGGAUGCAAGACACAAGAAACGACCACAUCCAGUCAGUAAAGAGCCUGUUUUGGAUCCGAUGACACCAGUAUCGACAGAAGAGCAGUUUCAGAUGGUCACCAAUCCAAACUCCAGAACGUACCAAACACAUGUGAUUGGUAGCUCGGACUCCUCUAUCGCCGACCAGAGCGAUCUAAAACAAUUGGCCGAGCACUUCACAACGGAGUCUACGCUGGCUGCCGUCAUCAAACGUAAAGAGGAAGAGGCGAAGGGCAAAAAGAAGAAUAAAGUGCUACGAGACCUGAUUAUGGCACAUGAAUCUCAACAGGCGAAAAACCGAGGAAAUGGAAGCCAACGGCCGUCGACGGCAGAAUUGCUGAGUGUGCACGACAGUGAUACGGACAUGUGGAACAUAAACUACUCUCUCGCACUGGUGCGAGAAUACAAACUACCGCUGGGACUGACGCAGGAGGAGAUUGACGACGAUCUAGCACAACUGGGUAUUUGA